GGUCUCUUGAAUUAAUAAUAGUCGGUAAGUUCCCCCGCCUUUUUCUUGUUGUUUGUUGUUUUUUGUUGUUCUCCACAAGCCUCGUUUAUUGCCACACUCCACAAAAAUCCUUUUUACCCCUCUUUCUCUCUCCUUCGUUGUUCGUCUCCGCCAUCUUCUCUCUCCGCACUUUGUCCUUGUUAUUGGAAAGAUGGAAAAGAAGCAGAAUAAAACGCUUGCAAAAGAUGUUUUUCCAUCUGCUUGCUUGGGCUCUCUCCUCAAUCAACAAAAAGUGUAAAAAAAAUCCCCACGUUUCUUAUCGCUUAUUCCUCACCCGCAUUUUAUUGUUUUCCUUUGCUCUGGCUGUUUGUUUGCAAGAAAGAAAGAAAAAAACUUGGACGAUAGCAGUAAACGAAGAAAAAUUUUCAUUUUCAUAUAUAAGGUUGAGGGUGGCUUGGCCCCUUUGUCAAUCUCGUUCCUUGUCAUAUUUCUGUGCAUUUGGAUAUAUUAGAGUCUCCUGUACAGUUGCAUCUGUUCUGUUCUGUUGUGUUGUGUCUCCCUCCCCUCCUCCUAUUUUAAUAACAAUAAUAAGAAUUGCUGUAUCCCUUUAUUUGGUAUGCAUAAACGCUGCAAAUAAAUAUCUUUUUUUCUUCUCUUCUUGCUACUCUUGUUACAACCCAAGCUUUCCUCUCUAAUAUAUACAAACUAAUAUAUACAUUUUGCUAUACACCCAACCCACCACCACCAUAUCUAGACAGCAUCGACAGAAGCGCGUCG